AUGCCUAGCACACUUCAGAAGAUACGCAAGCAUAUCUCCAAGAAGCGCAAUGGAGAGGUAAACGCCCUGCAUGAAAAGUCCAGAGACUCUCUGAGACUACACAAGGCCGGAGUGAGAGACCAGAGGCUGGAGAAACUUGCUGCGGCGAGGAGCAAGCGAGAACAACCCAUUGUGGAACGUGUUACAUUUUUCCAACAGAAUGUGAGAGAGCAAGGUGCCGAACCUCUCGAAGUUGCUGCUGUCCAAGCGCUUAUCCACACAUAUGUGCAUCAGUACGAUGAAGAGUACGAUGCUGUGAAGAAAACCCGCCGCGCUGGACGGCCCGCCAGUACUAAGGAAGAUCUUCUGAAGAUGAAAAUAUCUGCACUUGAGGAAGAGUAUACCAAAGGAUUCCUGAUUCCUGAUAUUACGACGGCUGAAAACGUCAAGCUUUUGGAUGCUUGGGAAGGCUCUUGGGCAUAUCUUACCGCUAUCCCCUGGAUCAAAGUCACGACUACCGGCAACAUUCGCAAAGCUGAGCUGCCCUCAAAAGCUAUAAACUGA